AUGUCGACAAACGGAGUUAGCCACGAGCAGUACAGUGCUACUGUUUCCAGUACCAACGAGACGAGCCAAAACUCCUCCUCCGGCGGCAACCUCUCUAAAGACGAGGUUGGCUGGUACUUUGUGGAGCAGUAUUACACCACACUGAGCAAAUCUCCUGACAAGCUUCAUCUUUUUUACGGAAAGAAGUCACAGUUCGUCUACGGGCUUGAGGCUGAGGUUUCCCCGGUCUCUGUUGGCCGCCAGGACAUCCAGGAACGUAUCCACAAGCUCGACUUCCAGGACUGCAAGGUGCGGAUCUCCAACGUCGAUGCUCAGGCAUCCUUCGACAACAUCGUCAUCCAGGUUAUCGGUGAGACUUCCAACAAAGCAGAAGAGCCCCGGAAAUUCGUCCAAACCUUUGUUCUCGCCCAGCAACCAUCCGGCUACUUUGUGCUCAACGAUAUACUGCGCUUCAUUAAGGAAGAGGAGGAGGAUACUGCUGAGGUAGCAGCCUCCGCCGAGGUUGUCGAGCCCGCAGCUGCCACUGUUGAGGCUGAGGCCGAGACAGAGCAGGAGCCUGAGGUGGAGACGGCCGAGGUGACGGUGCCGGAGCCCGAGCUUGAUGCUAUUGUCGUUGACAAGAAGCUCGAGGAAGCAAGCACGGAGGUCAAGGACUCGUCAAUUACUGAUGUCGCCACCCCUGCGGAAUCUGUUGUGAAUGUUGCCACUGCCAAUUCUACCGAAAGCGUGGCCGCACCUGCUCAGCUCCCGGACACGGAGAAGGUCGUCGAAGAAAUCGCCGAGGAAGAUGUAAAGAAGGUUGAGGCACCAAAGGAGCCCAAUUCUACCCCGGCUGCUCCCAGUGCCCCCGUUGCGGCUGCUCCUGCGGAGCCUGAGAAGCCAAAGGGACCUCCUAAGCCGAUGACAUGGGCUAGCCGUGCGGCAGCUGCAGCUGGAACAACACGGCCAGCCGUGGCCAUGCCGAAGCUGGCUUCCCCUGCGUCUAGCAUUAACAAGCCUGCGGUACCCGCUGCGGCACCCCCCGUGGCACCCGCUGCUGCGGCAGCUCCGGCGGCACCGGUUUCAAAGUCGGCCUCGGAGACCCCUGUUGCUGCCGCGGCCACCCCCGUUGCGGCUGCAGCCCCUAAAGAUAUCGGCGAGUGGCAGACGGCUGGUAGCGACUCUAGGCGGCAAAACCGCGCACAGUCGAUUUCCGGCUCUGCCCAGGACAAGGAUACGACUCUCGGAUACGUUAAGUAUGUGACGGAGAAGGUGGACGAGCCGACACUUCGCCUGCACUUGGAAUCGUUUGGACCGGUAGUGUACUUCGACAUCAACCGGCUGAAGAAUUGUGCAUUUAUCGAAUUUGCUUCGCCUGCUGGUUACCUGGCUGCUGUUGCUGCUAACCCGCACACCAUCAAUGGCGAGAACAUUGUGGUGGAGGCACGGCGUCCUAAGGCCAGCGCCUACGGCGGAGCUAACUAUAGCAACAACCGGGGAGGUGUGUCCGGUCGCGGUCGUGGCGGCUAUGAAGGCCGUGGCGGCAACCAGGGAGGUGGUCGCGGCAAUUUCUCGGGCGGUCAGAACCGCAGCCGCGGUGGUGCUAACGGUGCUGCCCGCGGCCGUGGUGCCCCUUCUCAGGUGGCCAGCGCCUAA